AUGAAAAGAAGAGGUUUUAUACUGUUUUUCUUUUUAUUCAUAUUUUUAAAGUUAAACCAAACAACUAUGGUUGAAUCAGAAUAUAAAUGUUUAUAUAAUUUAUUAAGUAAAAUAUUAAACGUAUCAAAAAACUUUUAUAAAGAAUCUAAAAAUAGAUAUGCACUUUGUCAGACUGAAGAUAAAUUCAAUUCUAAAUGGGCAGAGUGUUCUAAUGGUUUGGUUGGAUUUAUUUAUUUGGGUGGUAAUAAUAAAAGUACAAUAUUUUCAAACAAUGAUUUUAAUUGUUUUUCUUCUUUGCAUUUUAUAAAUUUUUUAUUUGGACUCCCAAAUAAUUUAGUUAGUUUAAAAUCACAUUCUUCAGAUGGAUCAUUAAUUGAUAUGGAUGUCAAUGCUAACAAAACAAUAUCAUUUAAUUUUUUAUAUAUUUAUCAAUUAACAAUUAAAAGAGAUUUUAAUAUUUAUUUUUCAAAUUUUGUUAAUAUUGUAGAUUUUGAAAUUGAAACCCUCGAAUCAAACUAUCAAAUUAAUUAUAUAAAUGAUUUGGUAAAGUUUAAAAUUUUUAAUCAUGUUUCAUUUUCUUCAAAUAAUAUACCAUCAAUGAAUUAUAUACAAACAUAUAUGUUAAAUAUAAAUUUAAAUUCAAAUUUUAAUAUGGAAUCAUUUUCCAACUUUUCAACAUACACAAAAAUAGGUACUAUAGAAUUAACUCCAUCAGAUCCAUCAAUGAUUUUCCCAUUUCCAUUCCUUCCUUCUAUUCAAUCAUUAACAAUAAAUUAUCAAAUAGAUAAACCAUCGGAUUUUAUUGAUUUAUCUAAAUUUGAAAUUUUAACGACUUUAAAAUUGACAAAUGUUGGAGUUUUAUUUAAUAUAGAUGGUGAAUUACCAUUCAUUAAUACGCAGAAUAUUUAUAAUUUUAUUAAUUUUAUCUACAUCCUUUUUUCAAUUAGAGAGUUUUCAAAUGGGAAAAUCAAUUAUUUAAAUUAUACAAAUUUACCACCCAAUUUACGUUAUUUAACAAUGGAAAAUGAUGGUAUGACAGGUACGAUACCAACAAAGUAUCCAGAUAAUUUUUUAACCCUUUUUUUAAUGGGUAAUAAGUUGACAGGAGAACUCGAUGAAAGUUGGUUUGAUAAAAUCUAUGAUUUUGAUAUUAGCGAUAACUAUAUUGAUAUUUAUCUUCCAUCAUGUUUUAAAUGUCAUUAUUUACAACCAUCAAUUAGCAGACCAAUAUCUGGCAAUAGAUUUAAAAAUUUCGACCCAAAUAAUUUAGAACCAUGUUUAAGCAUAGAAUUAAAUCUUUCAUAUAAUAAUUCCACUGAUGAAUUACUAUUGUAUGGUAGUGAUCUUGGAGAUUCAAUGUCAAUGAAGAUAUUAGAUAACCCAAUUUUAGUAAUUGUUUAUGGUGAACUAUGUAAAGAAUAUAGAAUUUUUAAACUUGCAUGGAAGAUAGGAGAAGUACCAAAAGCAAUUAAUUUAACAUUUCCUUUUUUACCACAAGGUCAAAGAACGUUUGAAAUCUCUGCAUAUAAUGAAUUUUUACCACAAAUCGAUAGUAUAAUUAGAUAUUCAGAUUAUUUUAUUAUCAGUGGUAAAUACUUUGCAUACAAUCAGAGUGUAACUACUGUUUUAAUUUCAAAUCAUUCAUGUUCAAUUAUAACAAGUAAUUUCAAUGAAAUUCAAUGUUAUCUUUCAAAUUCAAAUCAAAUCAUUAAUAAUGAAGAAUUAAUUACAAGUAUUAUUCAAGUUAUGAAUGUUUCAAGUACAUUUAAUUUCAGAGUGAAUCAAGCAUGUAAUGGUAAUAAUUGUCCAAUUGCAGAUUGUAAUAAAUAUGGUGAAUAUAAUUAUGAAAGUGGUGUUUGUGAUUGUUAUUCAAAUGAAUGGAGAGGCUAUUCAUGUCAAUUAAAAUCAUUAAAUUGUUUAAGUAAUGAUUGUAGCGGUAAUGGUUAUUGUAAUAAUAUCAUUGGUAAAUGUGAAUGUAAUACAAAUAGAGUAUUCGAUGAUUGUAGUGGUAUAUUAUGUAAUAAUGGUCAUGGUUGUUUUAAUGGAGGUAAUUGUAAUUUUCAAAAUGGAGUUUGCAAUUGUUCAUCCAAAUGGAUUGAAAGUUCAGGAUGUGCAACACCCAAACAAUCAAUUGAUUCACAACAAUUAGUGCAAAUAAAAAAUGAUCGAAAUUUGACAUUAUUUGGUUGGUUUGGCAAUAUUAAUAUAUUUUUAACAGUAUUAAUCGAUGGUAAAAUUUGUGAUAUCAUUUCAAAUAAUAAUGAAACCAUUCAAUGUAUUCCACCAUAUUAUUCGUGUGAUUCCAUAAAGACCUCAUCAUUAAAAUUAUCAGUUUCUCAAAAUAAUUACAUAUGGGAUGGAAUUUAUAACCCAAUAUUUAUUAAUGGUUGUAGUAAUAGUAAUGAAGGAAGUAGUAAUAGUAUUAGUUGUAGUAAUAGUAAUGAAGGCAGUAUCAGUAAUAGUAUUAAUUGUAGUAAUAGUGGUAGUAAUGAAAACAAAAAAGAAAAAGAAAAUUCAUCCUCAUCAUCAUCAAAAAAAUUAAUUAUAAUAAGUUUUGGUUUCUUUAAAAAUAAUUAUUUAAAUUAUAUAAAAAUUAAAAUAAACUCGAAUGAAUAUGAUGAUGAUGAUGAUGACCAACCAGAUAAUUUUUCAAAAAAUAAUAUAAAUUUAGUUAACCUCCAAAGCAAAUAA